AUGACACUAGUCGUCGUUGAGGUUGCACGAGUCAUCCCCGACUCGGCCAACUCGCUCACAAUCCCGUUGACUUUCUUCGACAUACCUUGGCUAGUAUUCCACCCAGUCAAGCGAGUCUUCUUCUACAGACUCACCGAGUCGACUCGUGAGCAUUUCCACUCCUUCAUCCUCCCUAAACUCAAACUCUCCCUUUCCCUCGUCCUCCGCAACUACCUCCCUCUCUCCGGCCGCAUCACCUGGGAGCCAAACAAGCCCAAGCCGAGCAUCGUCGUCUCUCAAGACGACGCUGUGUCAGUGACAAUAGCAGAGACCGACUCUGAUUUCUCUCGUCUCUCCGGCUACGGACAACGUCCAGUCUCCGAGUUACACACUUUGCUGCCGGAGUUACCCGUUUCCGAUGACUCAGCCACCGCGUUCUCUCUGCAAAUCACGUUGUUCCCGGACCAAGGAUUCUCCAUCGGUGUCGCAGCACACCACGCCGUUUUGGACGGAAAAACGUCAAGCAUGUUCAUCAAAGCUUGGGCUCACUCCUGCAAACACGAAAACAGCGUCUCACUACCGGAGGUUAUAACUCCGUCUCUUGAUCGGUCUAUGAUCAAAGACAUAACCGGACUCGACGAGAAGAUGAUCAAGAUUGUGAGAUCUCUCAAAGAGGAGACAACCAACGAGAGAAGCCUUCGUCCGAUUCCCGCCGGAGAACUUGGAGACGACGUCGUCCUCGCCACGGUCGUGCUGUGUCGUGAUGACGUCGAGAGACUCCGGGAGCGAGUCAAGAGGAAUCCAGACCGGCCGCUCCACUUGUCGACUUUUGUCAUCGCUUGCCUACGCGUGGACCUGCUUUGUGAAGGCGCGUGGAGGAAACGAUUUGCGGAGGAGAGAAGGAUUGUAAAUGCGGUUGAGAUUCUCAGCGGUUUAGUCAAAGGCUUGAGUUCACGAAAGAUAGAGACGAUCGCUAAAGAAUUUGCGGAUGGGUUUGAUUCUCAGGGAGAGAGCUCACAGUUCUGGUCGGUAGCCGGGUCGAACCGGUUGGGAGUGUAUGAAUCGGAUUUCGGGUGGGGAAGACCGGUUAAGGUUGAUGUUGUCUCCAUUGACCAAGGUGCAAUGUCAAUGGCAGAGAGUCGUGACGAAUCAGGGGGCGUUGAGAUCGGAAUGUGCCUGAAGAAGGCUGAAAUGGACAUUGUUCUUUCUAUUUUCAACAAUGGUUUACAAUGCUAA